AAAACAAUUUCCGAAGCCAAGAAGAAGGCGAUCCGACCCUCCAGUCCCAAAUCUCAAAACCUUUUUGCCAUGGGGAAAACGCCCGAGCGCCGAGUGUUCACGUCCGCAUCGUCCAGCGGCGCGCUGCGCUAUCGUCGCAAGGCCCCAGCGCCCGCCGACAACCAGCAGCCGGAGCAGCAGCCAGAGGACAUCAAGCAGCAUCCAGCAGACAUCAAACAGCAGCUAGCGGAGCCCAAGGAGCAGCAACAGCAAAAGCAGGAGCAAUCUGAGCCUCAGCCACAUCGUAGCAACAAUAGUAACAAUCGCAACAGAAGCAGCAGGUCGCCACCCGCCCGCCGCUUCCGUCCCAAGCCCCGUCAGCCCAAACAGCAGCAGCCCGCGCUGCUCAAGCAGCUACUGUGGAAGGCCAAGGCCGUUCAGCCCGCGCCCCCACUGCUGACACUGACGAAACAACAACAAAGAAGUCGCAACCAGGAGGAAGAAGAUGAUGACGAAGACGAAGAAGUGGCCUUUGCCAGGGAGCAGCGUCAGGCUCGUAAGCUACUGGCGAGCGAAGCCGAGGCGUUGGCCGCCAAGAAUAAGGCGGUGGUAGUAGCUGCGCUGCCGUCGUCCGAGUCGUUCGUGGCCGAGUCUUCCAGCCAGGAAACACAGAGCGGAUCGGAGGACGAGGCUGUGUUCCUGCCCUAUAGCGACCUACUACCAAGUGUACAGGCGUCGCCUGAGUGGCAGGUCUUCAAGGAACAGGAGGACGCUGAGGAGACGGACGGGGAGGAGGAUGCCAGUCCUGUAAUGCCGUCGAGAACGGCGGAGACACCAGUGGAGAAGCUACAAAAGCAGCCAGAACAGGACGAACUAGAGAAGACAGCGGUGAUCCGUCGGAAACGGCAGAGAUCUAAGCUGAAACUGAAACAGAAGCGCGCAGCCGCCAAAGAGCAGAAGCGGUUCCAAGACCAACAGAUACAGGUGCACAAGGAUGAGAACGAACGAGUGUGUCCUGCAGAGGAAGAUGCAGGAUCUACGCAGGACGACGACAGUAAUAUUUUCCACCCGCCCACGAAUCUAGCGAGCGAGAUGGACGCUGGAGUGUGUCGUGCUGUGCUCUCACAGUUAAAUGAAGUAGUGCCGUAUAUCGUAGUGGGCGACGUAGCGUGUCCAAUGGUGCCUUCGGACGAGAAGCCUUCUGUGAGUGCUGACGAAGCAGAAAAAGAGGAACCAGAGGAAACGGUAGUGGACUUCCGCCAGCACGUGAUCGCCAUGCUAGAUCGUUCCAAGGAGACACAGAUCCAGUAUCGAGAGAGCUUCGUGGUGGAAAACUCGGGAUUUGAUGCAGCUUCGAGCUAUGAUUUCCUCAAGAGCCGUUUUUACGAGAUUCAGAGAAGUACUGGCAUUGUGUACUACUAACGGAUUCCUCUCGUCUCGAGCUGGACGAAGUUACAUCCAAAACAAUAACAAAACUGCCUUUUGCCAGUCGAUGAACCAUGAUUUGGUCGCUUGCAAGCUCAUAAUUACUUGUCUCUACUAAUACUACGUCCUACGUUUUCAAAAAGCUA